AUGUGCGUGAGCGUUACGCGAACGAUACCUGGAACACAAUCGUCGUUCGAUGAUCGAAACAUCGAAGAGAUUGAGAAGAUACUUCAUCAGGCAGUUCUUUCUGGCGAGGAUCGCGAAAUUGUUAGUGAAAACUAA